UGCUCAUAGAUAGCAGUACAGUACCUUGGCCUUGCGAGCCCUCAUAUCAAUGUUGCAGCGUAUGGCAAUGACGAUGGACCUACGUUUAAUAUUGUUUAUUGGAAGCCUUUUCCUCCUUUUAUCUCCUGACCUAUUUCAGACAAUUCUUGCCCAAGAACAAUACGAUGUGAGGCUUGUGGGAGGAUACACUGCUGCUGAAGGUCGAGUGGAGAUCUACUACCGGUCAUCGUGGGGUACAGUAUGCGACGAUACAUGGGCCAGCGACGAGUCACAGGUGGUGUGUCAGCAGCUGGGUUACUCCGGAAAUGCAGAAACUCACGCCAAGGCUGCCUUCGGUGAAGGAACCGGAACAAUCUGGUUAGACGACGUGAAUUGUAUUGGGGGCGAGACGUCGUUGUCAUCGUGCACCCACCGCGACUGGGGAACCAACGACUGCAGUCAUGCUGAAGAUGUUGGGGUCACAUGUCAGACCCCAAGUAAUGUUACCGAGGGAUCACUAAGACUCGCUGGAGGAGCGACCCCGAAUGAGGGACGGGUCGAGAUCUACCACAAAAGCCAAUGGGGCACUGUAUGUGAUGACAACUGGGAUACUACUGAUGCCACCGUAGCCUGCCGGCAGCUAGGCUACGCGGGAGUCGACGUAUUAGUCGACGUAUUACUCGACGGGGGUACCGGGUUGGGGCCAAUCUGGUUGGAUGAAGUGGCUUGUGAUGGCCCGGAGGUUAUGCUUUCUUCAUGCUCCAAUAGUGGUUGGGGAGUCCAUAACUGUGUUCAUUCCGAAGAUGCAGGAGUGCGAUGCUCAUCCUCAGUCGUUAUCGAUGGAUCGCUAAGACUCGUUGGAGGAGCGACCACGAAUGAGGGACGGGUCGAGAUCUACCACAAUGGCCAAUGGGGCACUGUAUGCGAUGACAACUGGGAUACUACUGAUGCCGCUGUAGCCUGUCGGCAGCUAGGCUACCCGGGAGUCGACGUAUUAAUCGACGGGGCUUCCGGGUUGGGGCAAAUCUGGUUGGAUGAAGUGAUUUGUUUAGGCUCGGAGUUUAGGCUUUCUUCAUGCCUCCAUAGUGGUUGGGGAACCAAUAACUGUGUUCAUUCCGAAGAUGCAGGAGUGCGAUGCUUAUCCCCAAGUGUUACCGAUGGAUCGCUGAGACUCGCUGGAGGAGCGACCACGAAUGAGGGACGGGUCGAGAUCUACCACGAUGGCCAAUGGGGCACUAUAUGCGGCGACAACUGGGAUACUGCUGAUGCCGUUGUAGCCUGCCGGCAGCUAGGCUAUGUGGGAGUCGACAUAUUAAUCGACGGGGGCCGUUCCGUGUUGGGGCUAAUCUGGUUGUAUGUAGUAGCUUGUAGUGGCUCGGAGGCUAUGCUUUCUUCAUGCUACCAUAGUGGUUGGGCCGAAAUCCUUUAUUGUGGUCAUCCUGAAGAUGCAGGAGUGCGAUGCCUAAUUGCAGAAAAUACAUUGAGACUCUCCGGUGGAGCGGAUGAAAACGAGGGGCGCAUCGAAAUCUAUCACGACCGUGAGUGGGGCACCGUGUGCGACGACAGCUGGGACAUCCAGGAUGGAGUGGUAGUUUGUCGACAGCUUGGCUACUUUGGCGUUGACACGGUGUACACCGGAGCUCAUUUUGGCGUGGGUUCCGGGACUAUAUGGCUUGAUGAUAUGCAGUGCAGGGGCACGGAGGACAGGUUGAGUGAUUGUUCUGGAGGAAGUAGUUGGGGAGUCCAUAACUGCAGUCAUGCAGAAGAUGCCGGAGUGAGGUGCUCAUUGACUUCGGGUAACGGAGAAGUGCGAUUGGUCGAUGGCCCCUCAGAACGGAAAGGGCGCCUGGAGAUUUUCAACGACUUUCAGUGGGGCAGCGUCUGCGAUGAUAGCUGGGAUAGGGCAGCUAGCGAAGUGGUCUGCGGGCAGCUGGGGUUCUCAGGCAAAACAGAUUACUUCACCGCCGAUCAGAAGGGGUAUGGUAUUGUGGAGGGCCAGAUUUGGCUCGAUUCCGUGUCGUGCGAGGGGUGGGAAGUGCGAUUGGAACACUGCGAUCACAGCGGCUGGGGAGUACACGACUGCACACAUUCAAAAGAUGUAGGUGUAGCAUGCGACGCCACAGGACGAGGGGGUGGCUUGUCAGGAGGGGCAAUAACUGGAAUCGUCAUCGGAUCAUUAUUUGGAAUAAGCUGUUGUUUUUACUGUUGUUGUAAAGGAGAUAAGAAGAAACCACCAAACAAUGUGCAGAUAACGACCCAGACAAGAAUCGAAGGACCCCUCGAGUCGGGUGCUAUGAUACGAGCCGAGGAUGGGGACAACAUCCCUCCAGCCACUGCUGUCGAUCCUGACCCCGGUCAACCGGACCUCCCACCACCGUCCUACGACGAUAUCACCAAGUACCCCCCACCAGCAUCGGUUCCAUCAUACCCCUCUGCACCCCCCUUCUCCAUGCCCUACCCACCACCAUCUACAGGUGCUUCCGUUACAUAUCAUUUUCCUCCUGGUGAUUCGGGUGCGGUCCCGACUGCACCCCCUGCUUACUCCGACUGCUAAUCCUCUUCCGGUGUCACAUAUCGAGGGUUCGGUGACACAAAGACGUAACUCGUCAAAAUGAGUAUUUGAUAUCAAAAUGUUCAGAAAAAUGUGGGCUUUCCAGGAAACACAAAGACUUUACU